AUGGAAAGUUGGUCAGUUGAUCAAGUCUGCAACUGGUUGCUACUGAAAAACUUAGGAGACCUGGUUCCUAAAUUUCGUGAGGAAGAAGUGGGUGGAGCUGCUAUGUUGGCUCUUAACGACAGGAUGGUUCAGCAGCUGGUCAAGAAAAUUGGGCACCAGGCAGUGUUAAUGGAUCUGAUUAAAAAAUGCAAGCAGCAGACAGAAGGACCAGCUUUUACCUGCAAAGUGCCCUUCUCUGAGUCACCAGGAGAAUUCAGUGGGUAAGGCUCUGCAAAGAAAAAUAAAGGAAGCAACAAAAGCAUUCCAUUUAUAUUCCAGUCAGAGGGCCGUGAUGAUGGAUCCAUUGACCAAAGAGUUCUCAAACAAAAGAAAAACAUGAGGCAUGUUUUAACAAGAUGCAAAACAUUGCAAUGGACAAAUUCAUAUAUUCUGCCUGAGUUCCCUUAUGAUGUCAAAUGCAUAUUAGCAGAAAGAAAAUGCCCUGGCCACAGUGUGAGAAUAAGGAUAAUUGAAUUCUUGCAAGCUGACAUGACAAAGUAUCUUGAAGGAUCACUAUAUCCAACCACUCAACAGUAUAAUGAUGUUGUCAAUGAAUUGCUCCAGGCAUACCCUUUUCUUGAUGAGGAUGGGAAUGGCUUUUUUCUAUGGAAACAAGCCCUUAAAGACCGUUUCAAGUAUGUGCGGAGACCGAUAGAGGAUGAUGAACAGGUGGUGAGAAAUAAAUGCAAGUUUGGACACAGGCGAGGGCAGACCAGAAAAUCUUCUGAAAACAGGUGUGAGAAGGUCCAAGGAGUGCACACAAAAGUUAAAAACAUUUACAAUGAAGACCUUGAUGUUGAGAUAAUUGAACAUAUUAGCUGGUUUAAGGAAGAAUAUAUGAAAACGGAGAGAAAUUGGGUAGAAGUGGACAACAGGAUGACCAAGACUUUAGAAAUUAGAAGGAAGAUGAUCAAUAAAGAGAGGAAGCCUUUGAAGGAAAUUCUCAGCCUAUUCCCAUUUUUAAAGUGUCCUUAUCAGCUCUUCAGAGAAUAUCAUCUUCUAACACGGAAAGACAUUUACAAGAAAACAGCUGAGAUUUUGGAAGCGUAUUCAGAGGACAUACUGACGUCGUAUGUGGUGAAGAAUAGUCCAGUUAUUGUUGCUCUGCAGAAGAACCUGAAGCAGUACAUGGAAGAUGACAUUCGGACAUAUAUGAAUAUUACUGCCACAUGUUUACUUUUGCCAGAUGUUUUUGGAGAGGAUUCCUGUUUGCUGGCUGCUGUGAAUGAGGAGGUGAAAGUGUCAACACCAGUACUAGAAGUAAAAUACCCAUUUGAUGUAAACGUGUGUGAGUGUUCCCUGUAUGUGGAGAAGGAGAAAUUGGCCCAGCUGGAUGAUUGUUCAAUGGCCCUCGCUGCUCUGCUGGCUUCCUACCAUGUCUUCGGCAUUCCAUACCCCAAAAGACUGUACAAUACCCUUCACUUUUUGGAGUCCCUCAUCUUUGAAGUCAAGUGUCCGCAGUUACUUUCAGCAAAAAUCAGGGAACUGGGGAAAAUGUGA